AUGACGUUUCUUAUACCCUUCGAGGCUCCUGAGUUCAUUGUUGACGACUCAAUUGCCACUAUUUCACGGCUUUUCUGUCAACGAGCCCUGAAGACACCAAGAAGACGCUGUCUCGGUACACGCGAGUUCCUUGCCCGGAACGAUGAAAACCCCGAGGCACGGGGUGAUUAUGAGUGGUACUCGUAUCUUGAUGUUCUUCGUAUGUCCAGUGAGCUCUUCUAUGGAUUGCAAGCAAUUGGGAUCAAGCAAGGAGACCAUGCGGGGAUCAUGUCAGCUAAUAGGGUUGAGUGGGCGUUGGUAGAUCUAGCAUGUAGUGCACUGGGAGUCGUGACAGUCCCCAUCUAUGACACCCUCUCCUUGACUGAUACUAUUUUCAUAGCCAACGACUCCCAUGUCACAACCGUCUUUCUUACUCUCGAUACACUUCACACGUGGAGCACUGCUGCGCUCAGCUGCCCCAUGGUCAAGACUGUUAUACUUUUCGAUGAUAGGUAUGACGACAGAUGGUUUCUCCACAAGGCCUGGGCCCACGCUACGAAGAUUAAGCAUCCUCUUCCGUCAUCUGUUCCAGUUGCUUAUAAAUCUUUUGAAGAGUGCGAUGCUGACGAUAGAGUAGAUGGGAUUGCCUUUGAGCGAGCCCUUACUCCUGCAGAGAAGGCCCAUAAGGCAGGAACCAAAAUUCGCUAUCCACGUCGCCUUGUUUGCAAUAGCAUUCCAUCUGAGCAGGUUGAUGAUCCAUUCACUUGUCAGUACACCUACCUUCCUUCCCUAGAAGUUUCUCACGAUCUUGACAAGACUGGUUCACCAAUUAAUGUGUUGCACUUGGUGAGCUAUACGCUGCACGGAGUGAUGGCCUGUGGCCGUAAAGCCUCUGCUUACCGUGGCGUCGACUUCAGAAAGGCGUACCUCAGUCCAGAUACACUGAUCACACCUGUGUAUGCCCUAGACCUCACAGGGCCAGACGAUCUGAUGACAUUGGUCUACACAUCUGGAACUACUGGAAACCCAAAAGGAGUUAAGCUGACCCAGGGAAACGUCCUCUGGACUAGUGCAUCAAUGGCUGAGCAUCGGGUUGAAAAGCGCCCAAAUGUGCAAGAAUUUAAUCUCUCUUACCUUCCUAAUGCGCACAUUUAUCAGCGAGUCAUUCAGGGGGUCAUGUGGUACUGUAGCGGUGCCACGGGCUUCUGGUGCGGCUCUAUCAAAGGAUUGACAAAUGAUAUCCAAGCUCUGCGUCCCACUAUCUUUAUCGCCGUGCCGCGUAUCCUCAACAGGCUCUUCGAAGGAAUUAUGGCCAGCAUUGAAAAGCUCUCAGUAUUUCGGAGAUUUCUUUUUUUCUUGGUGUUCUCAACCCGGCGUAAAGCCAUGAGGCGUAACACCAGCUGGCCCAGAUGGACAAAUAUAUUCUUCUCAGCAACAAAGGCUCUCUUGGGAGGCCGCUGCUCUCUUUGCGUGACAGGAUCUGCUCCUCUUUCACAGAAAGUUGGCGAGUUUCUACAUAUCGCAUGCGAUACACAAGUGAUAGAAGGCUGGGGGAUGACUGAGACGGCAGCACAUGGGACGGUUCAGUCCAUAAACACGAACCAUUGGGGCUAUGUCGGUGUGACCCUGGAUAGUUCCACCAAGAUACGCCUUACCUCUGUCCCUGACAUGGACUAUCUUGUGACGGACAAGCCAAACCCGCGCGGAGAGGUCUGGAUCAAGGGGCCCUCGGUCUUCAGUGGCUACUACAACGACGACGCCAAGACCAAAGAGACGCUCACCGAGGACGGCUGGUUCAUGACGGGAGACAUAGGGGAAUACGAUAGGUCCCUUGGGGAACUGCGUCUGAUUGACCGCAAGGGCUGUAUUUUCAAAUUAUCUCAGGGAGAGUUCAUUUGUACAACGACCAUUGAAAAUACUCUGCUCCAAUCUAAACUUAUAGAUCAGUGUUUUGUCUAUGGUGACAGACUUCAGUCAUAUCUGCUUGCUAUCAUAGUGCCAAACUUUACCGAACUUCGAGCUGUUCUCUCUGCGACGCCAGGCACAGUCAAGGACCUUGCCCAUCUAUCUAACAGCGAAUUAGUUAUCAAAGAAGCGGCAAUAAUCACUAUACUGCGCGAGGUCGAUCAAGCAUGUGUAGCCCGCAACUUUAGACCCUAUGAAAUCCCAAGGGCUGUGAUCUUAGAGCAUCAACCUUGGACACAAAAAGAUGAAUCUUUAACACCUGCUCUGAAGAUACGGCGAACAAUGCUUACCAAUCGUUACAAACCUUGUCUAAGUUCUCUCUAUCAUCAUAUAAAUAAAAUAUCUUCUCACAAACCGUCUAUGCAACAAAUCGCGCUCACCGUCAUCAAGGUAAUUGACGGGGCUACACUGAGCGAGGUCUCAACGCAGAUCACAGGGGCGUCUGGGCUCUCGGAAAUGAGUCGUCAGUAA